AUGUCGAGAUAUAACUCAGUGUUGAUGUUUUCCUUCAUUACAUAUCUGAUAAAAAGUUGGGAUAUCCCAAACAACAUGGUCCAGAUUGGCUUGAUAGUGAGUGAUGAAGACGAGGACAGCUACGUGGGCAAGGUGCAGAAUGGCUACUGGAAGGCCACCAACCAGACUGACUACAACAUCUCCUACCAGUACAACUUGAUAUCAACAACUGUGAAUGUGUGCGAUCGUAUGAGCGGCACCAGGGCAGCAAUGCAUCUCUUCCUGAACCAGUCUGCAGAUGUCAUCAUUGGCUCCUUCUGUUCUGCCAACUGCGUGUCAAGCGCUCAAGUGGCUGACUAUUGGGACCUUCCCUAUUUCGCCCUGGACUGUAUCGAUCCGGCCCUGGACAACUCCACCCUCUACUCGUCAGCCAUCAGACUGAUUGGAUCACUCAAUGCGUAUGGUUCAGCUUUGUUAGCAUUUUUCAUGCGGAACAACUGGAAGAGUUGUGCCAUCGUGAAGGAAGUUGAAACUGAUUUCUGCCAGUAUGCUAUGAACGCCUUAAGGAAUAAGUUUCGAGGUAGUGUGAAGAUCAGUGAAUUUUUGGAAAUCACGAAUGUGCCCACCGAUGAUGAGGUGAAGAAUCUCUUGAAGAAGAUUGAACUGUCGGCUAGAAAUUAUAACUACACUCUCAUACUCUCAGUUAUUUUAGUCUGCCACACCAACCCGAGAACCACGAUGAACAUAAUCGGAAAAGCAUACAGACUGGGCAUGGCCGACCCGAAAGAGUACGCCUGGAUCACUCUCUACAACAUUUACUCCAACUUCAGCUUUGAUACACUCUUCGUCCCCUGGCAGAUUGCAAACGAUCCUGACGAAAAAGACAAAAUGAGGAAAGCAUUCCUGUCCGUCAAAGUGUUGACCUAUAAGAACUACACACGUCUGCCAGAUCCAGGAGCUAACUUGCCUCGAGCUGUCACGUCCAAAUCAUUGCAGAUGGAUAUUCUGACGGAUUCAGUUUUCAUGUUUUUCUCAGUCAUGUCAAGGGCAUCCAACAGAAAUCUGAACCCUCUCAGUGGCAGGAACAUUCUUAAUUUGAGUCGAAAUCUGGAACUGAAUGGCGGAGACACUGAGGCAAUAAAAAUGAACGCUGAUGGGGAUCGGUUCAUGACGUUUGUCGUUUGGUCACUGGCUCCAGAUUCGACCAUGUUCCGGCCAUUCAUCAACAUUAACUUCACGGACGGAAAUUAUACUCCUUUCUUGGUGGACACGGAGACGUGGGGCUAUGCCAGCAGUCCGCCCAUCGACACACCAAUCUGCAGCUUCGAUAACAAACUUUGCCCACGCAAUGACAAUGCAAUCAUCAUUGGGCUGGCAGUGCUGUUUGUGCUGCUAAUACUUUCUGUAGUUCUGGCCAUGAGCAUCAGAUCGCGCGUGAAUGAGCAGAAGAUUCAGAGCAUGACAUGGAAGAUCCGAUACAACGAUUUGCGAUUUUUCAAAACGACUAGAAGCAUGAAGAGCAUGUCCCGAUCUUCAGAUAUGAACGAAUCAGAAGGCCACAUCUUUCCAGAAUCCUUCAGAGAAUUUGAAGAUUCGAUGACAGGUGGCGUCACACUGGCACUCUAUAAAGGAGACGUGGUCACAGUGAAUUAUUCCGGAAAGAGAGAAAUUGUUUUGUCCCGGAAGGAUCUCGUGGAGCUUGUCAAAGUCAGCCAACUUCAGUGUUGA